ACCUUUGGUCAAUUUUAUUAUCGUCACAGUACAGCAUUGCAUUACAGCAGUAGAUGUUUCAUGAACAUUAUCGAUGUGUAAAUGGUGGUUUUAGUAAUCACAUUCGUAUUUUUAAUUCUGUUUUUAUCAUAUUGCCUCGUCGUACGGAACCAGCGCAAAUUAUAUGGUAAACUUUCUGCAAUUCCCGGGCCCAAACCUGUUCCUUUAUUUGGAAAUGCUUUGCAACUGAAAAGAGAUUCACACGAGUUCUAUAAGCAAAUCAUUGAUUGGUCGAUAGAAUUUCAAAAUGAUGGCCUAAUUGUUGCAUGGAUUGGACUUCAACCUGUGAUAGUAGUUUUUACGCCUGAGUACACAGAGGUUGUGCUAUCGAGUCAAAGAAACAUUACCAAAUCAUACCUUUAUACUUUCCUGCAUUCAUGGCUUGGGACAGGAUUGUUGACCAGCACUGGUGAAAAAUGGAAAUAUCGGAGAAGACUGCUUACACCGACAUUCCAUUUUAAAAUUCUAAACGAUUUUCUUUCCAUACAUCAAAAGCAUGCCACAAAACUUGUCGAUCUGCUUCAAGAAAGAGUUGGAAAAAAGGAGUUCAAUAUCGUACCUUAUUUAUCCUUGUGUGUCCUAGAUAUAAUAUGUGAAACGUCAAUGGGAAUUGAUAUUCAUGCUCAAUUUGGACAAAACUCCGAGUACAUUAGUUCUGUAUUCAGCAUUUGUGAGCUGAUCCAAGAGCGUCAAAAAUCACCUUGGUUGUGGCCAGAUUUUAUCUACAACCUAUUAUAUCAAGGAAAAUUGACGAAAAAAUAUCUGGAUAUUCUUCAUAAUUUUACAAACAGGGUAAUAGACAAUCGCAUUGAAAAGCGCCAUGAAGAAAAGCACAGCGUCAGUGAAACAACACAAUAUGUGACAGAUAGUAAGCGUCAUAUUUUAGCGUUUCUUGACCUCUUGUUGGAGCAAUAUGAUGAGGGCAACAUUACAAGAGAAGGAAUCAGUGAAGAAGUUGACACGUUCAUGUUUGAGGGACAUGACACAACAGCCGCUUCCUUGCAAUGGGUCAUUCAUUUAAUUGCUAUUCAUCCUGAAGUACAACAACGUUUACACAAAGAGGUUGAUGAUUUUUUUGCAUCUGUGUCUGAUGGCGGAGAUAUAAGUCCUGAUCAACUGAAGAACUUAAUCUAUGUUGAAUGUGCCAUAAAGGAAGCUUUACGUCUCUUCCCAUCAGUUCCGUUGCUGGGUCGUGAAGUUACUCAUGAUUGUAAACUUGGUGAAUAUGACAUACCUAAAGGUUGUAAUGUUUUUGUUGCACCCAUGGCCUUACAUCUUCAUCCUAAUGUUUGGAAGGAUCCGUUAAUAUUUAAUCCAGACAGAUUUCUGCCUGGAAGAAAUCAUGGAAGAAACCCAUUUGCUUAUGUACCUUUCUCUGCUGGCCCAAGAAACUGCAUUGGACAAAAAUUUGCACUUAUGGAGGAGAAAAUAGUCGUCGCAGCAAUUUUACGUCAUUUCAAGAUAUUUUCAACCCAGAAGACUCAAGGCAUUAGGAAAAGUCCUGAUAUUAUUUUAAAUUCAGCCGAUGGUGUCAUGAUAACGCUUGAGAGACGGGAAACGUACGAGAACUAAUGUUGAAUAAGUAUUUUUUAUAUUCAGAGAAGUGAAAAUUACGCAUGCUUACAAUGUGAAGCCAUCUUGAUCACGUGGUUAUUGAUAAUGUUUGAGACUGAUGGACAAAUUAUUACCACAUUGCACUCCUCUCCUUGUGUUUAAUCCAAUCUUACAACUAUUUAAGUAUUUCAUGUGGAUGUUUCGAUCGCUAUGAACAUACUUCGCACUUAAGCCCUAAGACAUAACACAUUAACAAUAACUUUAUCAACAAAUAUAUACAUUACAACAUAACUAACACACAGAUAAAACAUAUAAAAGGAAAAUAAAAAAACGUCAAUUUAAAGCUAAAAAUUGUCUCAGCCUUAGUCAAAGAAUCGAGUGUCUUUUAAUUCAACAAAACUGUAAAAUAUACAGUUUAUGGAACUUCAUCUUGAAUGUUUUCCAAAAUAACUUUUUUCAUAAUACUACGCAAAGCAUGUUGGGUAGUACAGUUGGUGUGUUGUGUUUUUUCAUGUCCCUAUCGAAUUCUUUUAGCAAUUUCUUGAUAAUAUAAGGGAAACUAUUUCGGCAACUAUUUCACUAUUUCGUUCAAUAAAAAGAGGUGCAAAUGUAUCAUAUAUGGUUAGUUAUAAUAAUAAAAUUCCUGUUACUUUCGUUCA